AUGGAUGUCCCUAAUGAGAUCGAAAAAAUUAAGGAAAUACUUGACAAAAUAUUACCAGAAAGAGAUUUAAAUCUCGUGACUAUAAAAAGUGUUCGAAAAGAUGUUGCAGAUUAUCUAAAGGUAGAUGAAUCAUAUUUUACAGAAAAUAAGGAAAAAAAAACAAUAUUAAAAGAUAUAUUAAAAGAUAAACUAUUAAAAUUAUAUAACGAACAACAAGGGGGAAAAGAAGAAGAGGAUAAUAAAAGUACGAAAGCUGAAAGUAGCAAAGAAAAUGAAGAUGGAUACAAAAAAAAAAAAUAUAAUCAAAGUAAUAAAUCAAUAAAAUCCGAUUCAAAAAAUAACAAAAAAAGAAAAAUGAAUAGUGAUGAUUUUAAUACUCCAUCAUCCAAAAAUAUGAAAAAAGACAAAAACGAAAAAAAAAAUGAUAUUAGUGAUAAUGAUAACGAUGAAUUGAAACCAAAAAGUCGAAAAAAAUCAAGUGGAAGUAUUACAGAAAAAAAUAUACACACAAUUAAAAAGGAAAAGUUACGUAAAAUUGUAUUGGACUUAAAAAUUGGCCCAACCAUUUUUAAAGAUUUAAAUAAAGAAAAUGACGAAGAAUAUAAUAAAAAAUUAGAAGAAAAAAUUAUUGCCUUUUGCGAAAAGAAGAAUAUAUGUUCAGAAACAAAUAGAUUGCCAAAUUCUUCUGAAAUACAAGAAUAUGUAAAGCAACUUAAAUUAAAGGAAGAAUUAGACGGAAUUGAUUUGUCUAACAUUUUAGAUUCAAGUACAAGAUCAAGAAGAAGAACACCAAAUGUUUAUGUCUCAAAAAUUGUUGAGGAUUCUGAAGAGGAUGAGGAAGAAGAUGACGAAGAGGAAGAAGAUGACGAAGAGGAAGAAGAAAAUGAAGAGAAAAAUGAAGAUGAAGAGGAAGAUGAAGAGGAAGAUGAAGAAGAUGACGAUGACUAG